AUAUAGUAAACAGAAUUAACUGUGGCAUUGAGUUGAUAAACGCCCUCAAUAUGUACGCUGCCUUUUUCAUCCUGCUGAUGCUCCAAGUUGAAUAUGCUGAGAACUUUGUGAUAACAACUGUUGCUGUUGGAGAAAAUGCGACUUUCUCUUGCAAACGACAUUCAUCUGGGCCUGUUGGAUAUCUCUUUUGGAUAAGACUCAUCCCUGGGAAAAUGCCUGAUAUAUUAGGCUCAACAUUUACUUUUAAUUAUCCCGAAUCAAACACAUAUUCUCGCAUUUCAACCAAACAAGAACCUGGGAGUUUUGUUCUACACUUAGCAAGAACAAGGCUAAGUGACACAGCAUUUUAUUUUUGCUUAAGGACACAAGAACACAACCUUACUUUCUUAAAUGGAACAUUACUCAGAAUAAAAGAAUCAGAACCUGAUGUUACUGUAGUCACUCAAGACUCUCUAUCUGAUGCAGUUCAUGAAGGGGAAUCUGUGAGUCUGCAUUGUUCAGUUCUCUCUCAGUCAGAGAAGAAAACAUGUCCAGAGGAACGCAAAGUCUUCUGGUUCCGAGUCUCUUCACCACAGUCACGUCCCAGUUUAAUAUAUGCUCAAAAUCAGGGUGAUGGUAAAUGUGGAGACGAUCCUGAGUCUCAGUCUGGACAGAGUUGCGUCUUUAACUUUGUGAAAGACAACAUCAGCUCCUCCGACACUGGAACCUAUUACUGUGCUCUGGCUGCAUGUGGAAUGGUAGUUUUUGGAAAUGGCACAAAACUGGAGUUUCAAGAUGACAGCAUAAAUAAUUCACAGAGGAACAUCACUCUCCUCCUUCUGCUAUGUGGAAUCUUGGUUUUGUUGCUGAUUGCUACGGCCCUACUUGUCUAUUUGAUUAGGAAAAAAUGUUGUCACUUUUCCAAAGGUCCUGAGUUUCCAGGCAGAAAUGCUGCAGUAGUUUGUGGGCAAUUACAAAAUCAGCAGAGAAGUGAAGACUCUGUAGUUUAUUCUACAGCAGCUUUUACCCAGAGAAACGAUGACCGAGUGGGCAGGGUUAAGGCAAGAAGAAAAGAAGGUACCAUCUACAGUGAUGUCAGGAUCUUUGAUAAAGAAUAAAACCCUAAACCAUGGAUUCAAGGAUCCUUUUAGACUACUGUUUUAUUUGUUUUUUUUUUGUUUGUUUUUUUUUUUGCUUGGCAUGCCAAAAAAAAAAAACUUUGCAGUCUUUUGCAUUUAACACAGUAUAUUAGCUUAAUAAAUACUUUCACCAGGUUAAAGAUCUUUUAAUGUGUAUUCAAUUUUAUUGUGUUUCAUUUAAAAGCCGUGUAUCCUUUUUGGUUUGUGUUAAAAGUUAAAGUGACUGAUGUUCAUCUGCCCAAAAUAUGUUUUAAAAAAAUAGUGCAGCUUCAUGUUUUUCUGCACUUUUUUGUUUCUUUAGUAAUGCAACAUAAUACACUGUAUGAUGAAUUGCGUAUGUAUGGAAUGUUUUCAAGAGAGUAAAAGUUGUUGUAAGUGUGACCAAAAACAAAAAAAUAUCACUACAACAACC